CGCGCGGCCCCUUAAAGGGCCCCCGCUCGCCGCGCCGAGCUCCCGCCGCGCAGCCCCGUCCGUCCCGGGGUCCGUCCGUCCGUCCGUCCGUCCCGCGGUCCGUCCGUCCGUCCGUCCGUCCGAGCGAUGAGGAGGCUCGUCCUCCUGCUUUACGCCGGCGUCACCUGUUGCAUCGCGGCGCGGGGAGGAGGAGGAGAUGCCACCGGCACGGAGCUGCUGGAGGACACGCAAGACCGUGGGCUGAAGCUGAAGCCACAGGUGAAGUUCAACCUCCGCUCCUGGGCGGACGCCGAAGAGGAUGGCUGCGCGUUCGCCACGGGCCAGCGUGAGCGGCUGGAGGAAUGCGGGUUCAACGCCACGGCGAAAACCUUCUUCAUCAUUCACGGCUGGACGAUGAGUGGCAUGUUCGAGACGUGGCUGGGCAGCUUGGUGGCGGCGCUGCAGGAGAGGGAGAGGGAUGCCAACGUGGUGGUGGUGGAUUGGCUCCCGCUCGCCCACCAGCUCUACACCGACGCCGUCAACAACACGCAGGUCGUCGGGAAAAGCAUCGCCGGGCUGCUCGACUGGUUGCAGGAGAACCCACUCUUCCAGCUUGAGAACGUCCACCUGAUCGGGUACAGCCUGGGUGCCCACGUCGCCGGCUUUGCUGGUAACCACGUCCAUGGGACAAUAGGCAGAAUUACAGGCUUGGAUCCGGCUGGCCCCAUGUUUGAAGGAGUGGACCCCAGCAAGCGCCUCUCCCCCGACGAUGCCAACUUCGUGGACGUCCUUCACACCUACACGAGGGAAACGCUCGGCGUCAGUAUUGGCAUCCAGAUGCCCGUGGGCCACGUCGACAUCUACCCCAACGGGGGAGACUUCCAGCCUGGCUGCGGAUUAAGCGAUGUCUUGGGAGCAAUUGCCUAUGGGACUAUUGGGGAAGUUGUUAAAUGCGAACACGAGCGGUCUGUGCACCUCUUCGUGGACUCCCUCGUCAACCAAGACAAGCAGAGCUUUGCCUUUCAAUGUACCGAUUCCAGUCGCUUCAAGAAGGGAAUCUGCCUGAGCUGCCGCAAGAACCGCUGCAACGGCAUCGGCUACAAUGCCAGGAAAACGCGGAACAGAAGAAACAGCAAGAUGUACUUAAAAACAAGAGCUGAUAUGCCGUUCAAAGUCUACCAUUACCAGAUGAAAAUGCACGUCUUCAGCUACCAAACCUUGGGAGAGGCUGAUGUCACUUUCUUCGUCACCCUUCAUGGCACCAAUGGAGAAUCUGACCCCCUCUCUUUGGAAAUGCUUGAUCAAAUUGGCCUCAAUGCCACCAACACCUUCCUGGUCUACACGGAAGAGGACAUGGGUGAGCUUUUAAAAAUCAAGCUUACUUGGGAGGGAACGUCUCAAUCGUGGUACGACCUGUGGAAAGAGCUGAAGAGCUACUGGUACCGGCCUGCGAAGGCUCCCCAGGAACUGCACAUCAGACGGAUACGUGUGAAAUCUGGCGAGACGCAACAGAGGUUUGCUUUCUGCGUGGAGGAUUCCCAACUGACCAGUAUAACACCCGGCAAAGAGCUCUGGUUCGUCAAGUGCCCAGAAGAAUGGCAAAAAAGAUCUGUCUCAAAUUUGCUCUGAGUGCUUCUCGAAAGGCUCACAAUGGAGCAACCUGGAUGCCUGAAGACCACACGGGUGGCGAGAGGCUCUGGCAAAAUAAUCUGGCUUGGUAGCACUUAAAGCAACUGGCUCUUGAGGACAAACAUCUUGGAUCAGGUGCAAGAAACUGAGGAGCAAUUGAUGGACUGUGAUCCUAGACCUAGAACAACUCAAAUGACAUUUUCCCUUCCCCAAGGAGCCUGGUUUGUGUGUUUAACCUUCUCUUGACCUGUUACACGCUGCGUUUCUUGCCCUGCUCCUGUUAACUGGGCCUAUGGAUGAGACCCUUGGUGACUCGAGACCCCCGGCAACUCAAGACCCUCGGCGACUCGAGACCCUCAGCGACUCGAGACCCUCGGUGACUCGAGACCCUCGGCGACUCGAGACCCUCGGUGACUCGAGACCCUCGGCGACUCGAGACCCUCGGUGACUCGAGACCCCCGGCAACUCGAGACCCUCGGCGACUCGAGACCCUCGGCGACUCGAGACCCUCAGCGACUCGAGACCCUCGGCGACUCAAGACCCUCGGCGACUCGAGACCCUCGGCGACUCGAUUCGAGACCCUCGGCGAUGAUCUGGUCUGCCUGCCAGUGGAGUUGAGAAGACAACCACACUAACUGCCCAUCGGAACGUCGGCGAUGAGCUGCCAAGAACAAAUUAGCAUCUAGCGUAGGACUCACCAUGGGUCCAAUAGCACUAUGGGCUGCGGGAAGCCAAAACCAGCACAGGUCAAGCGUGUGGGGUUGUUCAGGGGAGGGGUGGGAAUAAGCACAAUGCCACUUAUCUUCAAGUUGUCCUUUGCUUGCCUUAAAAAUAACCCAUUCUGUGUCUGGCCGAUACUGAAAUCUCUGUAUGACCUUAGGAGAAGGUAUUUCUGCAUCUUUCCCAUUCCUGGGGCAGAACACGGUGCAGAUGGCCGGUGAUGGUCGGCGUUGGCCACCAGAUUGUCCCGUCCCACGUGUCUUUGCAAGAGGAGGCGAACGGCUGCCCAUCUACUGACCACAGAGGAGGAGGAGGGUGAUGAACCAAACUGCUUCAGCAGAGCUUCACACCGGUCCUGUUGACUACUGAGAACACGUUCGCCUCGCUCCAGGUGCUGUUGUAGCACCGGCGCGUAAUUAAGACCUUAUUUUGGGGCAAAGAUAUUUAACUGAGCCAAACCGAUGGCAUCCUACCCUCAUUGCCACAGCGUCCCGGUUGGAUUCCCCGGAGCUGGCUGAACUUGGCUUUGCUUGGAGUUGGACAGACUCUUUACGGCCAAGGGGACGUCGUCACAAGUGGCCUUGCCAGACGGUGCACUGAGUUCUGAACAUUUAGCAAGUCCUGAGGCCUGCAAUGCUCUGAAUUUUUGUAGCGCUUCAAUCCAACCAAAGCAAGCACAUCUGGAGAUUCAUUAUUUUUGUUUUUCCACAGUUUUACGCAAAGGCCUCAAUAACUGAAGCCUUUGGUGCCUGUGACUUGUCACCGUGCCAUAUUUAGAGUGGUUUCGAAGCCCUAUUUGUAUAUUGUGGUUUUUGUAUGACUUAAAACCUAAUUUAUUUCUCCUCUUGUACAUAUGUACAGUUUAAAACAUUUUGGUUUGGAGUAACAGUUUUUAUAAGCCUUACGACAGAAAAAUAAAGGGCUUUGUAAAGAUGA